CGCGCUGCUAUGGCUUCCUGGUGUGCAGCUGUACAGGAGCGCAUUGAGUGUUUGGCUGGUCGUCGGAUGGCGUGAACGCUCGCUGAGCGGGUCUGUUGGGAACGAGUGGAUUUAUAUUCUAGGCAGAAUGCGCACAUGAUAACGACCGCUGACGGUGUUUCUCCGUUUUGUAGUGGCUACUGGGUUUGUUUACUGAGUGCGGAGUUCAUGGCUGGCGAUCAGAAAAUAGAUUCAUUUAGGAAAGUAUUCGUAUUCACUAACGCGUUUCCCCCAGUUUACUCUUCAUCAUAUCUUUCGGCGGGAAAGGCUAGUUUCAGCGCAGCACUAUAUUCAUUUUGCUGACGCUUUUUUUUAAAAGCGACUACAGCGUGGUAUUUACAAUUAUCCAUUUAUACAGCUGGAGCAAUUUUGGGACGCGAAAUGGGAAGUACACCAAAUGCCGGUGUGCUGAGCGCACAGCUACAAAAUACCCUGAUCGGUUACCAUAACAUUUACAUUGAUGGGUGGAGAGUUGCAAAAAAAACGAAAGAUGUCACGGUGUGGAGAAAGGCAUCUGAGGAAUUCAGUGGAUUUUUGUACAAGGUUGAAGGUGUAGUAGAGGAGAAUCCGAACCGAAUAAUUGACUAUAUUCGCCCAGGACCUUACAGAUUAAAGUGGGACAGCUUGCUGACGUCAAUGGAAAUUGUUAAAAUAUUUGAUGAGCCAGGUUGUUGUUGUUUGAUGCGCUACACAACUGCUGGACAGCUGUGGAAUAUAAUUGCACCAAGGGAGUUUAUUGAUUUCUCCUACACCACGGACUACCAGAGUGGGCUUCUUUCCUGUGGUGUCAGUGUUGAAUACAGUGAACGCCAACACAGUUUUGUGCGGGGCUUUAACCACCCCUGUGGCUGGUUCUGCGUGCCCGCGGAGGCAAACAAGGCUCACAGCCUGCUGACGGGGUACAUACAGACAGACCUUCGUGGCAUGGUCCCCCAGUCCGCAGUGGACACUGCAAUGGCCAGUGGCCUCACCAACUUCUUUUCUGACCUGCGUAAAGCACUGGUAGUGUAACCAAGCCUUUUUCCUCUUUCUCGUUGAACCUAAUAAGACCAAAACCUUUUGUUUCUGUCCAAAUUGUAGUAGUGUUCAGCUCAGGAUUAAGUUUUGAAAUUUUAGCCCGUUUAUAUUGACUCUGUUGAUAUUUGUGUUUUGAUAUGCUGCUUGUAUAUUAAUUAUUUUUCUAUUCUGUCUAUUUUAUGUAGUAUGUUAAAUAAUAUUUGUAACUGGCAGAAUCAAGAUGUGUGUUUGUGUGAAAUGCAUGUCAUUUACUUGUGUCGUCAUCCUUGUAUUCCACAACUGAACUUUAGUUAUGCAGACUGCUAAAUGUGCUAAUCUGGGCAAAUUUAAAUCCUAAAGUUCUGAAAUUUAAGCUUUUUUCAAAUAUUUCAGAUGAUGAUUUUAAUAAAUUAAUACUUUAAUCAUAAUAGUUCUACCCAAAUAUCCCAGGUAUUUAAUAUUCAGCCUGAAUACUUCUGUCAUGGAUAGGAAUGCUUGUUGUUUAAAUGCAUGUCUAAAAUAUACACCCAAAUAAUUUUAGACUUCUAAGUUCAUGGCUUAUUUUAUAAUUGAGGUAUAUAGUUGAUAUGUGAUACUGCUUGGCACCAUGCUUAUGAAUUAUUCUUAUGCGCAGAGGUGCAAUCUAUAAAUAGGAAUUAAUGGUUCCCCAGUUGACACCCCAGUCCUCUGAUUAUGUUUUCUCAUAAUUCGAGGAUUUCCUAAGAAAAGAAUGGCUUAUGUAAUAGUGAUCAGUGUUCUGAUUACACAUUUUCUUGCCCAGAUAAGGCAGUGCAUGUGCUAGUUCAGUCUUUCCAUGGAAAUUCAAACUUUAACACUUCUGACAAAGAGAUGUAAAAGUUUCGCCACACCACUGUGCCCCCCCUAAACAGUAGUCUAAAAUAGGUUAAAAAGAGAUGUUUUAAUGUAAAAAUGGAUAAAAAGGAUUAAUAUUUACUUGUGGGUGCAUUUUAAAAUUAGAUUCUAAAACCCGGUAAGUCCCAGUCCAUAGAUCGGAAUGUAUAUUUCUUUUCUUUAAGAAAGGAAAUUCUAGUACAGUAUUGAUUACGAUGGUGACAGACACAGUUCAACUUUUUCUGUAACUUUUGAGUGAAGAACUGAAAUUUGCAUCUUAGUCUGAAUCCAAAGAUAACUGUAGUUUCCCACCAGAGCACAUCAGUUUAGAAAAAAAAACUAUAGGAAAAUUUAAUAUUCACAUCAAAAUCCUUUUAAGUGCACUUCCUUGCAGGUCUGGAUUCUUUCCACUCUACAAAUGUUUUUUACUAUAAUUAAGAGAAAGUUUUAAUGGUCCUAA